AUGAGAAGCCAGAAUUUCGUCUCUAUAUUUAUUGCUUUGGUCCAACUCCUCUCUGUAGGAUCUGGAGCUUUGCCGCCUCGACUGCCGCUGCCUCCGGCAUUUCACGGAGAUCAAGCCCUGGUCGUCGACCGUGGGCCCUUUCCUGGAGCUUCCCCGUGGCCGACACAGUUGUCUUGUCCGCCCGAGAAAUCACAACUACACCGGAACCAGAAGGAGGAGACCAGUAUACAGAGAAGAAGUGAUGUAGUCGACAAAACUGAUAUCGAUAACGCCCUAACCAGAAUCCGGCAGAGCGUUGCUGACUUACGGAACGUAACCGACAAUGUGGUGGUGGAGUUGCUGUCAGUGGGCCAAAUGCUAGACAAUGUUCAAGCAGUGAUGAAUGCGAGCGAAAUCGCAUCUGCAACCUCGUCGACUGCGUCAGGGUCGAGGACAACAUCGACCCAAGCAUUCAGCAGCUAUGCCAGUUCUUCAUUCACCAAUAUGAGUAGGACUAGCAGUACAAGCGGUAUCUGGAGCACUGGAUUGUCUACUUCAACAAGUGCUGGGAGACAAUAUUCCAGUGCUUCUCGUAAUCAAACCACUUCUAGCAACCCUCCAAGGGUAUUCACGUCAACGUCCACGAAGUCUGAUGGCGUGCUGACCGUCGUACCAAUCACGUCUUCCGAGAAGAUUUUAUUCUCUUCUUCCUCGUCAUCCAGCCACCCUGUUAGUAGAUCAUCCUCGGGUCCCUCACAAGGCGCUCGAAAUAGCACUUAUGCUACGAGUCAUACUCGUUCGGCCUCAACCAUUUCGAGUGCUACGAGUUCUACAUUAUUUACGUCGAUGCCUUCCAAGAGUUCCGAGGUGAGCUACUCGCAAGAAUCAGAGGUUGACCUUACAACGACUGUCACAUCGACAAGUACCCGUACAAUAACGGAAUACGUGUCAGGCACAAGGCCACCAGAUAAGCCGUCACCUAGCUCCUCGAUGUUCUCGGAUCGCGUGACACAUAACACCUCAAGCUCCUGGUCAGCUUCGCAACCGCACUCUGCCACAUCUUCUCUCAUGGGCAGCAGCCAGUCAUCGAGCUCGAUCAGUACCAAACAAUCGAGUAGCAAUGGUGGUUCCAGCAAAACGACAGCACAGACCUGGAGCUCCUAUACUAACACCUCGGGCAGUGGUGUCUCCAGUAACCCAGCUCACUCAGGGGCUCAAUCGAGUGGCACGAGUCCAUCCGCAAAUGAGACGGUAUCGGGGCAUUUAGGGACAGGCACCACAGAUGACAACCUCCAACACCGUAAAGACCACAUCCAGGAGCUCGGCUACGAAUCUGCCAGGAUCUUCAGCGAGUUCAACAAGUCUGACUCAUUCCGACAGUUCUCCUUCCAGCGCGCUGGCCACCAGCUCUUCAACUGGUUCCAAGAGUAG